CUUCAUCCAACGGUCAGUAAUCUGGGGUCAGUAAUCAGCGAUCACUGCGCUUCCUGUGAGCUCGAGCUGGUGGUAGAGAGUGAGAGAGAGAGAUGGAGGGGAAGGAAGAAGAUGUGAGAUUGGGAGCCAACAAGUUCUCGGAGAGGCAGCCGAUCGGGACGGCGGCGCAGGGCGGGGACAAGGACUACAGGGAGCCGCCGCCGGCGCCCUUUCUCUUCGAGCCUGGCGAGCUGACGUCGUGGUCGUUCUACCGCGCGGGGAUCGCCGAGUUCGUGGCCACGUUUCUAUUCCUCUACAUCACCGUUCUGACGGUGAUGGGCGUCGUCAGGUCGCCGUCCAAGUGCUCCACCGUUGGCAUCCAAGGCAUCGCCUGGGCCUUCGGUGGCAUGAUCUUCGCCCUCGUCUACUGCACUGCCGGCAUCUCAGGGGGGCACAUUAAUCCGGCGGUUACGUUCGGGCUUCUGCUGGCGAGGAAGUUGUCGUUGACGAGGGCGGUGUUCUACAUGAUGAUGCAGUGCUUUGGGGCAAUAUGCGGCGCUGGAGUGGUGAAGGGUUUCCAGAAGAAUCCGUACGAGAUGCUGGGCGGCGGGGCCAACGUUGUCAAUCCCGGUUACACCAAAGGCGACGGCCUCGGAGCAGAGAUCGUCGGCACCUUCGUCCUCGUCUACACCGUCUUCUCCGCCACCGACGCCAAGCGCAGCGCCCGCGACUCCCAUGUCCCCAUACUGGCGCCAUUACCAAUUGGGUUCGCCGUGUUCUUGGUUCACCUGGCUACCAUCCCCAUCACCGGCACCGGCAUCAACCCGGCGAGAAGCCUUGGUGCAGCGAUCAUCUACAACAAGGACCACGCCUGGGACGACCACUGGAUCUUCUGGGUGGGGCCAUUCAUCGGGGCGGCGCUGGCAGCUCUGUACCACCAGGUGGUGAUCAGAGCCAUCCCCUUCAAGUCCAAGUGAUUGAUGAUCGAUUCCUAGCCGUUGAUUUAACUUCGCGUGUGUCCAUGUCCAUGUAGUGGUUGGUGGGGAUUCUAUCUGUCACUCUCGAGGGCCGUGCUUUUAGCGUUUCGAAAACAGAUGGGCCGCGGGCCUGGUUGGGGAGUUGGGGGCCCAGUCAGAAGUUGAGUGGGCCGUUUGUAAUGUGGAUUUGGUCAAUAAGACAGCGGCCGGAGCUGUUAUAUUUCUACUUAAUGGAUUUUGUCUCCUUUAUAAUAAUAGAUGGGUAUACAGUGCCAAAGUCA